UCCAAUGAAACCAUUGUCAUAUAUAUUCGAUUGGAUUAAGAAGGGUCACCUCAACAUAGCCACAGGGACUCAUUCAAACAAAGCCUAAAAGGAAAAAAGAGUAAUGAUGGAUGAGGGCCUCAAAAUGACCGAGUCGUGUGGGGAAACAUGCAGUAGCUGCAACAUUUCCGGCCAUGCCGUUCGAAGCAUGCAGCGGGUAUAAGACCCACACCCUGGAUUGGUUGAAAGCCACACAGCCAUUGCAACGCCGUGGAGAGCAGCCAUAGUCGUCUUCGGGAUUGAGUAAUUCAGUUUGUGUGUUAGUCUCUCUCUCCCGCGCCUCUCCGGGGAGGGAGAUUAAUUGUCGUCGAACACUAUAUAACAACAAUAACAAUGGAGGUCGUUGCUUAUAAUAAGGUCCCUUAUGGCGUUUUAGUCGCUGUUGCUUUUGUUUUGGCUAUGCUUUUCCCUGCCUCCGCCGCUGAUCCUUCUUUGUCUCCAGCCCAACCUCCCAUUGCUAGCGAUGGGACGAGCUUAGACCAAGGAAUAGCGUACGUGCUGAUGUUGUUGGCGUUGCUGCUAACUUACAUUAUUCAUUUAGCAGAGCUUCCAAUCAGUUUGUAAAAUUAGUGCACAAAAUAAUUAAAUUCAAUCCCGAGAGCUCCAAUGUAAAAAGUGGGGUUUUUGUUUUCUUUUUCUUUGCAGUUUAAUGUCAAUUGAUGCAAUGAUCAAUUCUUUACCUCAAUGCUCCAAUGUUGAGUGGUUGGAUGAUGUUUUUCUAAAGAGUAAAAAAGCUUCCCAGAAUAAUGUAUAGCUCACAAACAACAGAGAUCGAUCUGCUAGAAACUUCAAAGAUUCCCAAAAUAAUUAGACAAUCUUUCAACUUCAACAAAAUUUAUUGGAUUUGUUUGGAACCAACUCCAUGAAGGAAUUCUGUCAUCAUUUUGAUAGAAUUCAGUCCAAAAUCAGACAAUGUCUCCUACGGAAACUUCAAUUGCUUCCUUCAAGUGCUCUUCUUACCAAUUUGUUUUGCUCGUUCUUCAUCAGCCAACGAGAACUUUUU